AUGCUUGCCUUCUUGCGAAGGUCGCAGCAAGUCUUGAAGCCUCCGGAGGCCGCCGAACCUUCCGAUGUGGUCUCUCAGGGCUCUCCAAUGUCGCCUCCAAUCUUUCCGGAGUGCUUUGCCGUCACCCCAAGUGUCCGAGGCGAGGAGACGCCGGCGGAUCUAGCGAGCGCCGGCGGGACGAAUGCUGUCGCGGCGGCGUCGAAGCGGGGCUCCACCAGCCAGCGCCAACGCCGCAGCAAAUCCAGCGCCGCAGAAGCAGGCAAACAGCCAUCGAGGCCCAAGCAGCGAGUGGGCAGCCGACGCUCCCUGGCGGCCGCCGAGUUGAAGGAGCGCACGACCCCAGAGCCGGCGCUGUCGAGGCAGAGCACCGGGCACGAUGACGCAUUAACCGCCGGGAUGCCAUCGUGCUCGCUGACAAAGCCCGUUGUCGACGCCGUCUCAGGCAGCUGCUCGUCGCAGCAAGUCUUGAAGCCACCGGAGGCAGCAGCCGCACCUUCCGAUGUGGUCUCUCCGGGCUCUCCAGCGUCGCCUCCAAUCUUUCCAGUGUGCUUCGCCGUCACCCCAAGUGUCCGAGGCGAGGAGACGCCGGCGGAAGCCGAUCAACAGAGUUGCCACUCGAGGCAACGCAACGGCGCGGCAUCUUCCAACUGCGUGGCAGUGGUCGGGCCUGGCCCGAUGCAGGCCGCCAGACGAGGGAGACAUUCAGUCCCGAGACGGAGCUCCUCCGGCCUCCGACGGAAACAGGAACCCUGGGUUCUCAACCACCCCAUCCUGACCGCGGUCGUGGUGGCAGCGGGCUGCCUCCUGCUGCUGGCUGUGCUCGUCAUCGUCGCCGUUCGGAACGCCCGGGAAGGGCGGCCCAGAGUUGGCACUUGCGAGACAGCGGGUUGCCGCAAGCAUGGCUACGACCUGUCGCUGACAAGGGACAUAAACGCUUCGCCGUGCGACGACUUCUAUGCGCACGCGUGCGGGAAGUGGAAUCGUCUCUAUGGACAGCACAUCUUCGACGAGAUACGCAUUCACGCCCAGCGCAUCACCUACGACGAGCUGAAGGAAUCCAGCUCCAGGGCAGGGUCUGCGUCAGCCUUCUUCGCCAGUUGCGUGGAUCCCAAGGGCAGAAACACGGAUGCGGCAGUGUCUCGCUUCGCGGCUUGGAAGCGGUCGCUGGGACUGCUCUGGCCCGAGCAGCGUCAGACAGCGACUGCGCACCCGCUCGACGUGCUGCUGUGCCUGGCCCUGCGCUGGAACGUGAGCCCGCUAUUCACGGUGCGCAUCAGGGCUGACCAGCGGAGGCCAGGCUGCACCAUCUUCCUCGACAGGGGCACGCUCAACGAGCGCCACAGGCGCAGGAAGCGCACGGAAAGCUUCGAGGAAAUAGUGGCCGCCCACUGCAGAGUGCUGAAGGCAAACACGUGCACUGGCAACGUGGCCGAGCUAAAAGAGGCCGAGGACUUCCUGUACGGCGUGGUCCGGAAAGCGGAGUCCUCGCACGCGAACCCCGACCAGGUCUGGUUCCAGCUGCGCGAGUUCGAGGACCACAUGACCGCGGUCAGCGGCGACCUCUGGUACGAACUGCUGGUCAAAAACCUUGCCGGCAGCAGCGUCCACGUGUACGUCAACGACACGGUCGUGGCGCACAGUGGCCACCUUCUCUCGGCGCUCGACACGCUCUUCGCCGCGUACUCUCGGACACCCGAGAAGCUCCUGCAAGGCAUGGCGUGGCUCAUCAUCCAGCGCUUCCUGUGGGCUGCCGCCGAGAUGCCAAGCCUACGGUUCUCCAACGCUCACUCGGCGCUGUUAUCGAAGAGGGCAGCCUGCAUCGACCUCGUCGACAAUCGCCUCGGCCUUCGCAGCGCAGCAGGUUGGCUGCGCCGGCGCUUCGACGCCACCCACCGGGCCGCUCUCGACGUCUUCCUGGGCGUGCUGGUGGAGACGCUGCGAGACAGUCUCAAGGGUCUCUCCUGGAUCGACGAAGGCUCUUUACAAGAGGCGCUGCUGAAGCUGUCCAACCUGACCUUCGACGUGUUGCCGGGUGACGCGUUCUUCGGCGCCGAAGGCGUGAUCGACAUGUUCCGCGACUUCGACGCGGCGGCCGACAACGCCGGCGAAGAGGCGAGCUUCAUGGGCUACUUCGUCCGAUUCUCCGAGACGCUACGCGGGUACCUCGGCAGCGACCGCUACGAAGCCGUGUACCGUAGGCGGCUCGAAGAGGCGGAUACGAGGCCGGCCAAGUACUUCUACUAUACCAACUCGCUGCGGGUCUCCCUGGCUGCCUUGGAGGUGCCGUUGUACAGUACCGACGGCACGUACGCGAUGAACUACGGCGGCUUGGGCUCCUACGUGGCACGCGAGCUGAGCCGCGUCUUCGACGAUGUCGGCACUCUCGUUGACUACGAGGGACGACCAGGCGCCUGGUGGGGGUCCACCAAAUCGGCCGUGUACAAGGAGAAGCUCUCGUGCACGUUUGACCGCAUGAGCUCCGGCGACACCGUAGGCGGUGACUCAUCUGCCGAAGAUGGCGGCGACCGCCGGCUCCAGUUGCUCCCGCACAUGCCCGCACUGGAGACCGCCUACCGCGCGUACAAGCGCGCCGUAGCCACAGACCUGGAGACCAACGUCGACGUGCUGCACCUGCCCAACCUGGAGGAAUACACCGACGACCAGUUGUUCUUCCUCACCUACUGCCACGUGUUGGGCGCACCGAAAGGCGAUCGCAACGCGCAGAGGCUCUGCAACGUGCCUCUAAGGAACUUCGGGUCGUUCGCCAAGGCCUUCCGGUGCCCAGUCGGUUCGCCGAUGAACCCGAAGAAAAAGUGCACCUUCUUUGACUCGCCGAUCGAAACCGAAAAGGCUCGGCCGCACGUUACAAGCGCCAAAUACGUGCGCUUCGCUAAUGGCUAG